AAGGAAGCUAGCAGACAAGUGGGAACCUGUACUGUAUACUGUGACUGAUAGAAAUCUGCAGACUCAUAUUUACAAAAUUACAGAUGACUCUGGGAACACUAAGGUAGUGCACAGAAAUCUGCUCCUAGAGGUCAACUUUCUGCCACUUGAAUUACCCAGAGAAGAUCCAUCUUCUGGAACAAACACUGAAAGAGGCAUCGAUUCAGUAUGUGAACCUCAGUCUGUGGAUCUCAUCAGCACCCUGGAAAGCGAAGCUCCAGAACAUCGCACAAGCUCUUGGAUACUACAUGGAUCAGGAGGUGCAAAGGACCAAAGAUCCCAGGAAUUGGAAAGUGACUUAACCUCUUCAUCUGCUCAAAGUACUGUUGGUUCAAGUGUGCUAGAUAGACCCGACAGUCCCCGACAGUUUAUCCUUGACACAGGAACCUCAAUUGCCCAUGACAGUUUAUCAGUUGUCUCUGAAACAGUUCCCUCAGAUGAACCUGCCAGUUCCAGAACAAAUGUACCUAGACAGGAACCAGAAAUGGUCACUGGUCCAGUUAGAACACGAGCAGGUAGAGUAGUGAAAUCUGUGAACAUGGUUCAAAGGCCCCUUACGAAGGGUAUUGCCAGUUCAGUCAGCAAAUCAUCACAGUCAUUACUCAGGUUAUUUGAAGGGUAAAUGAAAAGGUUAAUGGCUAUUUCAGGUCCUGCGCCGUAAAAAAUUCAGUUGGGUUUUGUUAAACCAUUUCUUUUUCUGAAUUUCCUUUUUUUACUGUGAGUUUUGGGGACAAAGCAAGGGGAGGCCAAGUGUUAUGUGGUGUAUCUGGCACCACAUUAUUCUAGAAGGACUUGAGGCCUGAUCAACCUCCAGCUCCUUUGAACCUGUUAAGCAGGUAGCUUUAAGCUGAAGUAAAGACAAGGUAUUUUUGUAAACUUGUGCCUAGUCUGUGUCCAGGGUAAAUACUUGUACUUUUGUUUUUCAUUGUUGAGCUCGGGAACAGGAUUUUGGUGUAAUUCAGGAGGGGUGAAUGUAACAGGAACGGAAAGGCGUUUGUGUAUUUACACCAAAAUUCUGAUCCCUGGUUAGUUGUAUAGCGUUUCGUAUAUCUAUUGUGAUGGGAGAUUCAACAGCCUGCAUUUUUUAUUGGCGUUUUGGUUCUUCUUGGCGCCUUAUGAGCACGUCAUCACUCGGCUUCCUUCAGUCUGCUUUUCUUUUGGCUGAGAGGAGGUAAGCACAGCUUCGUGCUGGUAAUAAAAUACUUAAUUAAAAUUAUUAAGACUGUCUAAUUAUCAAUAGAAUAUGGCGUGACAUAUAUAGUACUACUCGGAAAACACUACAGCAGUUGUCUUAUUCUUCUAAACCUUUGAUAAAGUUGUUAUUUUAUUUAUUUUGAACAACGUGGCUUUUGCUUGCCAGAUAAUGAUACAGCCUUCCACGUGUGAUACACAUUGUUCACUGUAUUCCUUUUUCUAAUAGGGAAUAGAGGACCAGAAACACGUGGAAGCUGAUGUUUUUCUGUUCUGUUUUAAUUAUAUUUUGCAGGUAUGUUGAACUCCGUUGUUAUGAAUAGAAGCGAAAGCUAGUUUAAACUGCUAGUUAUUGUAUUUUAAUUUUAUUAUCGCAGUAGAAUGGCUGAUUCAUGAGUCAUAUUACGCGUAUGUUUUGUCCCACAUUGUUAUGGUAACUAUUUUGUGUAUUUUUGAUUACUGACGAUCUGAAAAAUGUAGAAGAAACGGUAGAUCGUAUCUUGAAAUAUAUACAGUAUAGGUUUAAGCUGUAACAUAGGAAAAAAAUGUGUUUUGUGUAAAGUUUCAGUCUGCUUUUCUUUUGGCUGAGAGGAGGGAAUAGAGGACCAGAAACACGUGGAAGCUGAUGUUUUUCUGUUCUGUUUUAAUUAUAUUUUGCAGUUCUGAACAAGAUUAAAGAACUUAUUAUCAGCAUUGCACUGCCUUAGUGUCCUUCACUGAACAACACACCAUAGCUGGCCUGACAGGCAGGGAAAUCUUUUGCACACAACAACACAACGCAGAGAAAUACACGAGUGGUAGCCAGCGCAGGACAGAAUUGUGAAAUGAGGAGCGCCCCGGCUACACUAACAUCAGUGUGAACAAUAAAAACAAGCAGAAAAAAAUAACUGAAAGUAUCCCGUUGUACAUUACCUGACUGACUAAGAACCUUAAGAACCUCACAUUCAAAAUCAUAACACGUUUAUUUGCAAGAGUAUUGUACGUACUAGUGGUUACAUUUAAGUAUUCUACAUCAUAUACAAAGUAGUAUAUUUUGUUAUGGUUUUGCAUUUAAAUGGUUUAAAAACAAACAAAUUAAAAGUCAUUCAGAGGACUCCAGAAGGACGACAUUGAUUAAAAAAAAAUAAUAAUAAAAUACGCACCCCAACAUAUCAGCAAUGUGUAUGCAACAGAAGUCGCUGGUAGAUUACAAAAACGAUUAAUUAAACUUAGGCUACGUAGUUGUUAUCUUAGUAUGUUUUUUUUCUCUAUUAAUUACAUUAUAUUAAUUGAAAAAGGCAAGAGAGAACCAGAUAGUUAUUAUUUUUUGUUGUUUUGGUUUAAUAUAAUAUAGCAGGCUAAUGUUCCUAUUGAAGUAGGCUACAAAAUAUUUAUUUUCAUUAAAAAGUUGUCGUUGUUGUUUGUUGAAAUUAAUGUUCAGCUUUCAUAUUUUUUGUGUACUACUCAUUUAAUCAAACCAAGUAGUGUAAGACUUUGCUUGUAUCGUUCAUGACGUUUUUCAAAUCAAUUAAGCUUAUUUGUGUAUAAAAAACGACAACGGAGUUGCAGCCAGUGUCCUCUUACUUAAAAGCACUCAAGCUGAAAUCGUAAAGUAAUAGCCUAGGCUACAAACGUAGCAGUAGAUUGUCUCUCUUGGUCGCGCAUGCAAGAACUUGCAGACUUGAUACAACUGUGCUGAGAAUUUAAAAAGAAAGCAUUUUGUGAGAUUUUUUAUCUACAGGUACCGGGAAUAUGACUGCAGGGGCGGAGGUUCUGGGGCUGUGCCCAGGCAAGCCCGGCAUAAAUUAAGCACUGAUAAUAGAUCAUAUGAGACCACGACAGACCAUUAGAGAACACUGCAGACCAUUAGAAAUGUUCUAAUGGUUUUUCCAGCAGGAGUCUCUACACUGGCAUGCAACAUUUUACUUGACUAAAUGAAACCUGACGACAUGGACAUGUCGCAGCGGUAUUAAUAGUAUGAUGGGUAAUAUGCACCAGAAAAAGUGUAUUUUUUAUUUAGAAUUCAAAUAGAAAUACAGAAAAAAACAGAACAUACCACAUAGCAUAUUGUGUACCAUGUAUAGGGCAGUAGUGUGGAGGAGUGGUUAGGGCUCUGGACUGUUGACCGGUGGGGGACACAUGCUGCUGUACCCUUGAGCAAGGUACUUUACAUAGAUUGCUCCAGUAGAAACCCACCUGUAUAAAUGGGUAAUUGUAUGUAAAAAUAAUGUGAUAUCUUGUAACAAUUGUAAGUCGCCCUGGAUAAGGGCGUCUGCUAAGAAAUAAAUAAAUAAUAAUAGUGUAUAUUAUGUCACAAUAUCACUUCCUCUUCAAUAUUUUAUUUUAAUUUUGUUUUGAUGGAUUUUCAACAAAAUUAUAUUUCACAAAUAUUAAAAGGUACCAAUUUCAAUUUAAAAAGCAUGCUUUAUGAACAAUGCCAAUUAUUGCAAAGCAAGAUUUUUCACUCAAGGUCAUUUUGUUAGCUUACAAAACGUAGGUGCAAUGAAGCACCUUACAAAGCACGUGAUAGACACACAGUAGAUGCCAUUGUAUACUCUGCAAUAGUCCUAAUACACAUACAGCCAUAUGCGUUAUAAUGUGAAUCAAUGUCCAGGCAGAGCAGAGUUUACAACACCUGUCCUGAAGUUAACAUAUUGGUCCUGUGCAGGAUGAUGGCUGCUUAGUUCACAUAGUGCUAAAGUGACCAGAAAAAAUGUAAUGAGGGAGGAACCUUGAAUGCCUCCUAAGAUAAUGUUAAAAAAUGGUAAUCCAACAGUGUUUGAUGAACUAGAGUGCACAGCAGGAUAAACAAUUGAAUGAUGUAGUAGGAAUCAUAUUUUUGUGCAACACUGAACAUGAUUGUGGGACACAUUUUAUUGCACAUCAUGCACACACUUUGCAAUGUUUCAGAUGCUUAUCAGCUAAUACGAAACUGAAACUUACACAAUGUAUGCUGUAGUUAUUUCAGAAUACUAUCAGGUUACAAGGCCAUGCAGGCAAAUUCAGUAUCAUGUUCUGAACAGGUGAAUGUCACAAAGACGGCCGGAGUGGGUGGUGUCAGACCAGAAGCAGGAAAUCAACAGACAGAGGUGUGGAUUGGUGAAGCUGAGCGAAUGGUUUCGCUCAGCAUUUAAUAAACAGUACAGAAAAUAAAAGGUUUGAACACAAAACACGGGACACGGCACUAUACGCCAAAAUAAGAAGACAAACAAAGCAUACUACAUAGUAAACAGACAGACACACAAACAAACAUGGUGAGUUUUAAAUAAACAAGUAUCGUGCUGGUAAUAGCAAUUGAUAUUUAAACUAACUUUUAGAUUUCUUUCUCCUUCUCUCUCACCCGUUCUCCACUCUCGAACACCCAACCCCGAGUGAAAGAAAUGUGCAUCUAUAUAUACUAUUGUGCUGGGAUUCAAUUACUAAUUAAUUAUUCACUUGAAUCCCAACACGUGAAUUAAUUCUGUGCAACCCCUUGCUCACAUAUUACAUUUAACCAGCACGUGAAGUAAUUUGUGCCCUCCUCGUGCCUAAAUAUAAAUCUACAUUUUUAAAUACACGUGAAACACAGACCCGUUUAUAUCCUGUGUACCAAUGACUAUACACCAACAUUAACACACACAACAUACAACACAUAGCACACAAAAUACACACAGGGGCGGGCACUUCGUCACAUAUACCCCCCCCCCCCUGUGCAAAGCACACAUGGCCUCAAUGGCCACCUCCCCCCUUAAAAAUCCAGAACAAAGUCUCGGGCUGGGAAGGGAGGCUUCAGUGGGCCCAUGGCUGGCCAUGCUGUCAGCACCCCUGCCGGUAGUGGCACGGAUGACAGCCUGCUGGUCCACGCCUGCAGCGAAAUUGCUGCGGGGGAUGCUGGUCUCCUGACCUCUCCCCCUUUCUUCAUAGCCGGUAGCUCCCCUUGGUGGGGCUCCGACCACAGUACUUCCGGCAGCGCAAGUCCUGCAGUGGGAGCAGGUCUCCGGACCUCCCCCACGAGCUCCGGCAGCGAAACUGCUGCAGUGGGAGCAGGUCUCCGGACCUCCCCCACGAUCUCCGGCAGCGAAACUGCUGCAGUGGGAGCAGGUCUCCGGACCUACCCCACGAUCUCCGGCAGCGAAACUGCUGCAGUGGGAGCAGGUCUCCGGACCUCCCCCACGAUCUCCGGCAGCGAAACUGCUGCAGUGGGAGCAGGUCUCCGGACCUCCCCCACAAUCUCCGUGGCCGGCAGCUCCCCUUGGUGGGGUUCCGGCCACAGUAUUUCCUGCUGUGAUGCGGAGAAACUGGCAGCCCCAGGCGAUGCGGAGCGGCUGGCAACCCCAGGUGAUGCGGAGCGGCUGGCAACCCCAGGCGAUGCAGAGCGACAGGCAUCCUUGGGCGAAGCGAGCCCGGCAUCCUUGGGCGAAGCGAGGCAGGGAGUCAGGACAAGCUGGGGUGCGGGUGUUGGCCCUCUUCUCGGCCUCUGCGGCCGGGCGGUUCUUCCCCAUGCUUCCCUCAGCAGCCUAUGCAAGGGCUGCUGAGGGCCGCCAGCUUCACGUCCUGGUCCUUCUGGUGAAGGGAGAGGCAGCUCCUGCUCCUCUCCCCCUGAUGGUGGCGGAGGCAGCUCCUGUUGCUCUGCUCCUGCCGGUGGAGGUGGCGGAGGCAGAGGCAGCUCCUGCUGCUCUGCUCCUGCCCGUGGAGUUGACGGAGGUAGAGGCAGCUCCGGCUGCUCUGCUCCUGCCGGUGAAGGUGGGAGCAGCGUGUAGUCUCCUGCCGAUGGAAGUGGGAGCAGCGUGUAGUCUCCCCCUUUUUCAGGGGACUGGUGCUGCUCUGCCUCUCUUGCAGGGAACUGGUGCGGCUCCGCCUUUGAUGGGGAAACCAGCAGGCAUUCUUCCUCUGCUGGUUGUGAUGGGGAAACCAGCAGGCAUUCUCCCUCUGCUGGUUGUGAUGGGGAAACCAGCAGGCAUUCUCCCUCUGCUGGUGGAGGUGGAACCAGCAGGCAUUCUCCCUUUGCUGGCAGCUUGGGUUCUAGGGCUGUGGAAGCCCCGACUUCCCUCUCUUCGGGCUGUGGACGCACCGACUCCUCCCUUUUGGGCUGUGGACGCACCGACUCCCCCCUCUUGGGCUGUGGACAUUCGGGCUCCCCCCACUCGGGCUGUGGAUGUUCGGGCUCCCCCCACUCAGGCGUAGGACGUUCGGGCUCCUCCCACUCAGGCGUAGGACGUUCGGGCUCCUCCCACUCAGGCGUAGGACGUUCGGGCUUCUCCCACUUGGGCUGUGGAGGCAAAACCAGCAGGCCUUCUUCCUCUGCUGGUGGAGACGGGGACAGCAGGUACUCCACUGCUGGUGGACCUGCUACCUGGGCUGUUGUCGUGGUUAUGACCGCCUCCAGGUAGCUGAGGACCAACUCCACACCUUCCUCCCAGGUGCUUAGGGUCUGUUCCCUCUCGUAAGCCUCCCAUCGCUCCCUGUCCAUCAACCGCAGGAACCGGAUGGCUACUGGCAUAGACUGGGCCUCCAGCCCAGCAUUUUCCAGGAUCCAGUCCCGCAGUUUGAUGGCGUCUUCUGCCAUUUUUUCUUUUCUUUUUUUUUUUUUUAAUCCAAAAAUGCAGUUCCUGCUCUGGCCUGAGUCCUGGAGGCGCUGUAGAUCCCACGCAGGACACCACGGGGCACAGGGGAGAAGUUUGCCCUGAACUUCGACUGGCAGGCAGGUCUGCCUAUUAGGCAGAUAAUAAAACACCUCUCUGCGAAAACCCGCCUCCUCAGUUACAUCACAAAGGAAACACGCCUUCUAAGGGCAAAAGCUGCCUGUUUCCACGCCCUCACAUUCAAACUGAAAACUGCGCGCCAAGGUUUUGCAGCAGAACAGAUUUGGAAUGAAAAAGGUAGGAUGUUUUAUUCAGCUUCUCAAAAUACACCGUUUUUAGCAGAACGUAUGCACACAAAGGCAUUAAAAAAUGUUGAGUUACGCCUUAAGUAUGAAUAUGAAUAUCUUUUUCUGUUAAGUUGUAUUAUAUAACGUUUUUUUUAAGUGUAGCUAUCAUUUCAAAUUUUAGUGAUGCUUAAUCUCUACCUUUGUCUUGUUUUGUUGUUCAAACGUAUAUUUUAAUUAUUCACGUUAUGUGCAGCAUAGUAUUUAUGCUGAACUGUGUGUGCAAGUUGUUCACAGUGAUCCACAACAUUCAGUUACACAUCAUUUAUAAUUGAUUUGCUGUUAAAAAUAAUAAUACAAAAUAUAAUAAACUUACCAGACAUGUCAGCUGAAGUUAUGCUAAUGUCCUAUGUCUUAAGCAAAUAUUGGUAACAGAAUAACAAGGAUGGUUACUCUAAACUAAAUUAUUAAUUUACCAGCUGGUAAGACUACUGUAGUUAUUAUUAUUUCUUAGCAGACGCCCUUAUCCAGGGAGACUUACAAUGAUGUCACAAGAUAUCACAUUAUUUUUACAUACAAUUACCCAUUUAUAUAGUUGUUUUUUUUUUUUUUUUUACUGGAGCGAUCUAGGUAAAGUACCUUGCUCAACGGUACAACAGCAGUGUCCCCCACUGGGGAUUGAACCCACAACCCUCCGGUCAAGAGUCCAGAGCCCUAACCACUACUCCACACUGCUGCGCCUAGUUAAAACACAGAGGCCUGGAAGGCAGGUUUACAUUGGGUAUUUAUAAUGGGCACAUGCCUGGCAGGCUGGUUUAUAAUAGGCACAUGCCUGGCAGGCUUGUUUAUA